GGGUAACUCAACUCUCCAAUUCCAUACUGGGUAAGCCGAAAUUCAGUUCGUGGAUAUAUGCCCCGAGGGUGAACAGCCAGCUCCACUGUGUCCUCCGGUCGGGGUAAGUCACCAAUCCUCAACGAAGAAGGAAUAUGGACUCGUAAUUGUCUCCGCACUCCACAGAAACCCCUCGUCCUAUGCCAAGUAUUGCCAAUUAUUAUGGCAUAUCAUGUAAAGCUUCCACCAGACUUCAUCGCUUCCUGUCCAUGUUAAAAGUCUCAAAAUGACAGUUUAGUUUCAAUACUACACAGCUUCAUCACACAUACGAUUCCAAUCAGCAUGGAAACGUUCCGGUCUCCUUUCUCCGUGUCUGGCAGGACAGCCAUUGUCACAGGUGCCGGAUCAGGCAUCAAUCUUGCCUUUGCAAAACUGUUACUCAGUCGUAACUGCAAUGUCGUGCUUGUAGACCUGUCACUUCGACCUGAAGCUCAAGCCGUCAUUGAUAGCUACAGCGACCACGGGAAGACGCCGCGAGCGAUCUUCGUCAAGACAGACGUGAGCUCCUGGCCAGCGUUGGGUCAUAUGUUCGAUGCUACCAUAGCCGAUUUUGGCACAUUUGAUAUCGUCUGCCCUGGAGCUGGCGUAUACGAGCCGGAUUGGUCCAGCUUUUGGCACCCUCCCGGCUCACCCGGAAGCAAGGACGCCCUUGACGCAGGCCACUACGCCCUCCUCGACAUCAACCUAACCCACCCCAUUCGCGCAACCCAGCUUGCUAUAUCGCACUGGCUGCAUCCCAAAACAGCUCAGGCCAAAGUAUCCCCCAGCAACCCAAAACGCGUUAUCCACAUCUCCUCCAUAGCCGCCCAAGUCCCCAACCUUAACGCCCCUCUCUAUGGGGCGUCCAAAUCCGCCAUCUCAGGCCUGGUCCGAUGUCUCGCCCCUCUUGAGGAAUCAGACGGGAUUCGCGUCAACGCCGUUGCCCCUGGGCUGAUUAAAACCCCGUUGUGGACGGAUAACCCCGAUAAGCUACGGUACGUGGAUCAGCAGCGGGAUGCGUGGGCCACGCCUGAGGAAGUGGCGGAGGCGAUGUUGAGGUGUGUGGAGGAGGUGGAGUUGGUAGGGGGCACAGUGUUAGAGGUUGGACAUGAGCAUACGAGGCGUGUGUUGGUUACGGGUGAUCCCGGGCCAGAUGAGAAUCCGGGGAAGGGAUUGGUCGCGCAUAAGGCGCAUGAGGGCAGGGAAGUUGUAAAAGCGUUACUAGGGAACAACAAUGUUUGGGGUCCACGGUGAAUGUCUGGUAGAUACUCUUCAGUUAGCCGAUUUUUAAUUAGGUUGGUACCGGUAAUAUGAAAGUGUGGUAUGGAAAUCAAAAGGUACGAGCUGCCUCGAGUUACAGGGAGCUUGGCGGCAGUCGCAAGAGGAACACAGUUUCGUGAAGAUCUGCAGGACAUAAGCAUGUGAUCCAGUGGCACGUCUGGCAAUUAUUGUAUAUAGCAGAUAUCAUUGGUCGGAGAACAAGUUUGAAUUUGGAAGAUUCGGUACGGUGGUAGUGCCAUUGGGCCCACCAGAAGCAUAUUUGGAAU